GUCGCACUUCCGCCUCGCCGACGGAAGUGGCGGCCAUGCUCGGGGCUCUUUUAGGUUGGUUUCGCUAGCGGCACGUUGUCGGAACGGUGAGCCACCAUGCAGAUCUUCGUCAAGACCCUCACGGGCAAGACCAUCACCCUCGAGGUGGAGGCGUCCGAUACUAUCGAGAACGUCAAGGCCAAGAUCCAGGACAAGGAGGGCAUCCCGCCUGAUCAGCAGCGGCUCAUCUUCGCCGGCAAACAGCUGGAGGAUGGACGCACACUCUCCGACUACAACAUACAGAAAGAAUCGACCCUCCAUUUGGUGCUGCGCCUUCGAGGAGGCGUCAUUGAGCCCACGCUGCGUAUACUGGCACAGAAGUACAACUGCGACAAGAUGAUCUGUCGCAAGUGCUACGCUCGCCUUCAUCCGCGAGCGACUAACUGCCGCAAGAAGAAGUGUGGCCACACGAAUAACAUUCGGCCGAAGAAGAAGCUGAAGUAGACUAAGAAUGCCCAAUUCUGUUUUCCAUGUUGUGGAAAUAUAUACAUAUAUAUGGCGCCAAUAAAUUACAGCUGGUAAACUGA